UGUUUAGCUAUAUAGAGUCUAAUAAAACUUAUAGCGCCUUUCUAAUUGUAAAGAGAUCGGAAAACAAUGUUUAAAUAUCAGUUUGUUUUUGCUUGCAUGUGUUGGGUCGGUGUCCUCGCUUCUAGAGAUGACAUAUAUGAUCGGUUACUUGCUAGACUAACGGGAAGAAGUGAUAGGAGACAGCAAUCACCGAAAGAAGAACGUGGUAUGCAUUUAGUUGGGAAGCCAUUGUCUGUUAACUAUCGUACUAACAGCAACUACAAGAGAUCUCUCGGAACUCCAUUAGAUUUUUCAAUAGAUGAAAUCUUAUCUCUCCACAAUACUGCUCGUCAUGAAGUUUCACCCCCUGCUGAUCCACCCAUACCGGACUUGAUAUGGGACAAUGAGUUGGCUAACAAGGCGGAGGAAUGGGCAAAGGGUUGUGUUUGGGGACAUAAUCCAAACAGAAUGACAUCAUUAGGCAAUUCGAACGUAGGGGAAAAUAUAGCACUAAAUUCUGGAGUGUUACCAGGCUUUAAAAAGUGGGCAGAUGAGAUAACAGACUGGACAUAUGACAACUAUCAUGAUGGCUGUAAGACGGGUGAAACAUGUGGACAUUACACACAGAUCAUAUGGGAGGAGACAACAAAGAUAGGAUGUGCCUAUGUCAAGUGUGACGAUUAUGUUAACCUGCCUGAUGUAUAUAACCAGUAUAACUUAAAAUACCUCGUCUGUAACUAUUAUCCACCUGGUAACAUGAGAUUCAACAACGUUUAUCAAAAGCCUUAUGAAGAUUGAAUUAAGUGAGGUUUACUGAUAACGAUUACUGUAGAAUACAACAUAGAUCAUCUUGACAUAUUAUAUAUAGCUUUUCGGAUAGUUCUUUUCUCCAUGUAAUUUUUUUCUAACCGGAUAUUCGAAGGUUGUCUUGUGAGCUUAUUUUACCUUUUGGCGUUCAUCGUCCAUUGUAAACUAUUUAGAAAAUAAAAUUCAUUGACCAAUGUCAUUAAAAAAUUAAAACAACGUUUUUUGUGUAUGAAUACCUAUUGUAUAGCAAUAGCAAAAUAGUACCAGCCGCUUAUACAAUAUAUCAAAAAGCAAUUAGCGACAUUUUAAAAUAUUUUAUAUGCAACUCUGUAAUCCGAUUUCUUUUAAAUACCACAUGACCCGAUACAAUGUAUCCAUCAUAUUUGUGUAAGACAUUACGUUUUUGGUUUAUGACCUCAAAUAAAAAGUACUUAAUAAAUACGGCAUUUCGUAACAAAAAUAUAUUAUUUAUAUAACAAAAAAAUCAUUUACUUAAUUGGACAAAGUUUACUAAUUCUCACCUUUUGAUAUAUGUUGCCUCUUUUUUGAUGCUUCUCCCCUUGAGGUAACUUUCGCUUCUUUUUUUUCUUUUUUUUCUUGAAGAAAUGAUUUGAUUUCUCGUACCGGCGGUCUGAUGUGGGAGAUUUUUGCUGAUGGAAGGAUAUACAAAUUAAGUAAAUAACAUGGUUAUGCAUGAGGUGAACGAUAUACUCUUUAUAGAACAUAUCGCUUGAAUUUUAUAUGUAGAUUUAUAUUCUUAGUAUUUAUAUUUAAGUCAAAUAUGUUAAAUUCAUAUGCAAAAAUAUGUCUAAUUUCUAUCUGUACUUAUUUCAUAAUUAAAAUCCAUCUACAGUUA